AAAACAAAUUAACCUAUUCUACUUCUUUCGGAGAAAAAAAAAAACAAAAUGGCGGAUCUCAAAGAAGUCAUUCCGACGAUAGACUUGCAAGAGAUUCCGGAUAAGAUGUUGAACCAGAAAAUCCGUGAGGCAAGUGAGAGAUGGGGAUGCUUCAAGGUGAUAAACCAUGGAGUUUCUAUGUCUUUGAUGGCUGAGAUGAAGAAGACUGUUACAGAUCUCCAUGAACUUCCAAAUGAGGUGAAGAUGCGAAACACUGACGUGAUACUAAAUAGUGGUUACAAGCCUAUAAUUGAGUUGAAUCCUCUUUAUGAAUCAUUUGGUCUUUAUGACAUUGCCUCUCCAAAAGCUGUCAACACUUUUUGCGACCAAAUCGAGGCCUCUUCUGAUCAAAGGGAAAUUUUAGUAAAGUACGGCAAAGCAAUGGAUGGUCUUGCAAAGGAUUUAGUUAGGAGAUUAGGAGAGAGUUACGAAUUAGAGAAGACCGAUUUUUGCAAAGGAUGGCCGAUCCAAUCUCGGAUAAGCAAAUAUCAUUUCAAACCAGAAACAAUUGGUAGAAGUGGUUUGAUAGUACACACAGAUCCUGGAUUCUUAACAAUUCUUCAAGGUGAUGAAGAUUGUGGUGGACUUGAAGCCUUGGACACUUGCUCAGGAACCUAUUUCCCCAUAAACACGUUGCCAAACACACUUACUGUCAACCUUGGUGACAUGGCUAGGAUAUGGAGCAAUGGGAGGUUGUGCAAUGUGAAGCAUAGAGUGCAAUGCAAAAAAGCAGCAAGGAGGAUUACUAUCUCCUCGUUCCUAUUAACACCAACGGAUCUAGAUGUUGAACCUCCAAGUGAAUUUGUGGAUGCUCAACAUCCACGCCUAUACAAGCCAAUCAGCGAUGGAGAACUAAGAAAGAUUAGAAUGAGCCAUAGUAUGCAUGAUGGCGAAUCUCUAAAAUAUAUAACCAUAUAAAAGACCUAAGUGACCCAAAGAUACACUUAAUAUGGUUGUAUUAUACGAACCAAAAUCUGAAAAUCUAUGUAUGGCUUGAAUAUUGUUUGGAUUUUUCGUCCCUAAUAAUGGCAAAUAAAGAUGCAA